AUGAACUUGUUUAUCUGGAACAUUAAUAAAUAUUUAAAUAAAAAAAAAAAAAAAAAUAGUACUGAUACAUUAUCCAUAAUAGACGUUUAUUUUGUCAUUGUUCGUGCUGUAAAAGGAACAAAUAUAAUUCUGUGUUUUUCUUAUUGCAGAAAUUCACUGGUUGAUGACUUGCUGUCUCCUUACCACCCCCUUUCUAAGCAUGGCCCAAGCCACAGCCAUCGUGAGACCAGAGAAUGUCUCCAUGUGAUUCAUGGAAACAAAACACAUGAGACAUGGCCUAGUAACAAUGAUACAACAUGGCCUGUGGCCUCCACCAGGACUUAUAUCUCAAUGUUUUCUGAUUUUCCUAAAAAGGCUGUUUAUGGACACUUUACAUUUAUCAAUAAUCCUCUGAGGACGGUCUCUGUGCUGGAGCCUGGGAGUCCUGGAGGAUGUGCCAAUAAUUUUACAACAACUGUUUCCGAAACUGCAAAAUAUGGAAAGUGCCUUGUGGCCCAAAAUGGAGGAUUUUUUAAUACUACAACUUUUCAAUGUCUUGGAAACGUUGUCAGCAAUGGCAGAUUAGUACAGAACUCAAAAGGAACACAAAAUGCCCAGUUUGGCAUUAGAGCUGAUGGUACCAUGGUGUUUGGCUAUCUGUCAGAAGAGGAGGUCUUAACUAAAGAAAAUCCUUUUGUACAGCUUGUGAGUGGAGUUGUGUGGUUGUUGCGGAAUGGUGAGGUAUAUGUUGAGCAAAGCAAGAGUGUGGAAUGCGACGAAACUCAAACUACAGGUAAUUUUGAUGCUUUUAUUAAUAAGAUAUCAGCUAGAACAGCAGUGGGACAUGAUACAAAGGGGCGUCUUAUUCUGUUUCAUGCAGACGGACAGACUGAUGGGAGAGGCCUAAAUUUGUGGGAGGUGGCCAAUUUCCUAAAGGAUCAAGGAGUUUACAAUGCCAUAAACCUUGAUGGAGGAGGAUCAGCCACUCUGGUACUUAACGGGACCCUGGCCAGCUAUCCUUCUGAUCACUGCCUGAAUGAAUCAAUGUGGCGCUGUCCACGAAGUGUGUCUACUAUUAUCUGUACCCAUGAACCGUACUGUGAUCCCCCUGACUGUAGAGGCCACGGACUGUGUGUUGCAGGAGCAUGUCAUUGUACUGGCUACUGGACAGGAAGUUCCUGUGAUGUCCUUCGCUGUGGCGCUUCAAACUGUAGUGGUCAUGGGAAGUGCACCCAGAGUAUGUCAUUCUACCAAUAA